GCUAAACCCGCAACAGAAAGAACAGAUGGCUAUUGAUUUUUUUUUAAAUAAAAAACAAAUUAAAUAAUAUAGCUAUCGAUUAUUUUUAAUAAAAAAGUCUCAUCUAUAUGUGAUUGCGGUUCAACGUGAAGAAGGGACGUGAAUUUAGUUUAUCUCUGGGUUGUGCAAUAACUCUGUUGGUGGGAAAAGACAGACGCUACAACACACGGGGUUCCAUAAACAAUUGACGGGACGGUGAUAACAGAGAAUUUUUAUGUUAAUUGCGUGAACUCGUCAAAAUCUUAUCCUCUUCCGAAUUCUCUCAGUCUAAAGGUUUAGGGUUAUUGUCUGGAAUGGCAUCGGUAUCUACUCAGCCACAGUUCCGUUACACUCAACCGCCAUCAAAGGUGCUUCAUUUGAGAAACUUGCCAUGGGAGUGCACAGAGGAGGAGUUGAUUGAACUUGGGAAGCCCUUUGGUAAAGUUGUGAACACAAAAUGCAAUGUUGGAGCAAAUCGAAAUCAAGCUUUUAUUGAAUUUGCAGAUUUAAACCAAGCCAUUGCAAUGAUAUCGUACUAUGCCUCAUCAUCUGAGCCUGCCCAAGUGCGAGGGAAGACUGUAUAUCUACAAUAUUCAAAUAGGCAAGAAAUAGUGAAUAAUAAAACUGCUGCAGAUGUUGCUGGGAAUGUAUUGUUGGUAACGAUUGAGGGUGCAGAUGCACGCCUUGUAAGCAUUGAUGUUUUGCACUUGGUGAGCAAUUACAUGCCCAUGUCAAGGCAAUAUCUUCGAUGGCUGCUUAGUGCUUUGGGAGAAAUAGCGCUUGUUUUUUCAGCCUUUGGAUUUGUGCAUAAGAUUACUACUUUCGAGAAGACAGCAGGAUUCCAGGCACUGGUGCAAUUCUCAGAUGCAGAGACUGCCACUUCUGCAAAAGAUGCUUUGGAUGGAAGAAGCAUACCUAGGUAUCUGCUUCCUGAGCAUGUGGGCCCAUGUACCCUUAGGAUCACAUAUUCUGGACAUACAGAUUUAAGCGUUAAGUUUCAAAGCCACAGGAGCAGAGACUACACUAAUCCUUAUCUUCCUGUUGCUCAAUCAGCCGUGGAGGGUAGUGGCCAGGCCAUGGUUGGUUUGGAUGGGAAAAGACUGGAGACCGAGAGUAAUGUUCUUCUUGCAUCUAUUGAGAACAUGCAAUAUGCUGUAACAUUGGAUGUCCUACACAUGGUUUUCUCUGCUUUUGGGCCUGUCCAAAAGAUUGCGAUGUUUGAUAAGAAUGGUGGUGUACAAGCUCUGAUUCAAUAUCCAGAUACUCAGACAGCUGUUGUGGCCAAGGAAGCCUUGGAAGGACACUGCAUAUAUGACGGAGGUUUUUGCAAGCUUCACCUCUCAUAUUCACGUCAUACGGAUCUUAGUAUAAAGGUCAAUAAUGACAGGAGUAGAGACUAUACAAUUCCUAAUACACCUGUUGUGAACGCCCCGCCCUCAAUUUUAGGACAACAUCCUGUUGUUCCCAUGAUGGGUCCUCCUGCUCAACAAUACAAUGGGUCUCAAUAUACUCCAACUUCUGAGCAAGCUCUGAUGCCUCAAUCUCAUGGUGGAUGGGGGACAGCUCCACCGGCAGGACCUCAGUCCAUGCCACCACAGAUGCACAAUAAUAUUUACAUGCCACCUGGAACUAUGCCACCACAAAUGGCCCCUGGAAUGCAUUUUCCUAGUCACAGCACGCCAUAUCCUACAUCAACAUUGCCCACAUAUGGAUUUGAUCGUACUCAAUAGCAUGUACCUCCUAUGUCUGUAAUAGAUCAACAUUGGUCAUUGGCUAACAUUUCCAGCUGGCUUCAGCAAAAGUGAGGCUAGUUAUUUGAAUUAGGGUUCCCAUCUGGUGAAACUGGCCUCAUUUGCUGACGUUAUUCUGAACCUCAAAUUGGCCUCUUCUCAGCUUUCCUUUUUGUUAUUUUUCAGAUUUUGUAUGUGAUGGUCUAUGAGCUAUUGGUCAAGAACUUUUAGUUGGCUAACAACUCUGAAACAAAAUGUUCUGUUUGGAUUAGGUUUUAAUAAUUUAUUUGUGUUUGAGAA